GUUGUUUUUUAAUCACUAAUUUAUGUUUACAGAUGCUACACAGGGCACUUUCAAUAUGUUUCAUAUCUGUUGGAAUUUGCAUCACAACUUGUCAAGCCACAGUAAAAGUGACUGAAACAAGUUGUACUAAAGAUGCCUCAGACCAGUGUGUGCAUACUCCAAAUGCAGAAUGUGACAAUGCUGUAUCUGGUGCUAAAUGCAAAUGUUCCGACGGAUUUAUAGAGGAUAAAACGGAUGGUAGCACAUGUGUGAAAAAAGUGACACAAACAAGUUGUGUCAAAGCUACUGCAGACCAGUGUGAGCAUACUCCCAAUGCAGAAUGUGACAAUGCUGAAACUGAUGCUAAAUGCAAAUGUUCCGACGGAUUUAUAGAGGAUAAAACGGAUGGUAGCACAUGUGUGAAAAAAGUGACAGAAACAAGUUGUGCCGAAGAUACUGCAGACCAGUGUGAGCAUACUCCCAAUGCAGAAUGUGACAAUGCUGAAACUGAUGCUAAAUGCAAAUGUUCCGACGGAUUUAUAGAGGAUAAAACGGAUGGUAGCACAUGUGUGAAAAAAAAGGUGACAGAAACCAGUUGUAUCAAAGAUGCUGCUGACCAGUGUAAGCAUACUCCAAAUGCAGAAUGUGACAAUGUUGCAAAUAAUGCUAAAUGCAAAUGUUCUGACGGAUUUAUAGAGGAUAAAACGGAUGGUAGCACCUGUGUGAAAGUACUCGGAGGGACGUGCAAGGAAGACCGUGAUUGCACAGAAGCAGGAGAAGCAGGUUGCACUGAUAGUAAAUGUUCAUGUAAAGCUGACUUUGGAGAAAAAGAUAAUAAAUGCGUUAAAACUGUAAGUGGAACACCUUGUUCAGAAAAUGGAAAAGAAUGUGAAAAUAUUAACAAUUCUCAUUGUGACACUGACAAAUGUAAAUGCAACUCCGGGUAUGUCAUGCAAGUUGACGAAUGUACCGCAAAGAAUUCAGCUGUAUCCAUACAGUUAGGGACACUAACGGUCCUUCUUAGCGGCUUGGCAACUCUUAUACAGCAAUUCUGAUUGGGACGCUAAAGAAAAACCUGAAUUCUAUUUUGUGUGUGUGAUGGACAUUUUAUUUAUACCUUCUGCUUUACAUUGUAAUUAAUGAUUUUUGACAUCUUUUAUCAAAUCAACUGUAGAAUUGACAUUUAAAGAAAAGCUCGCUUUAUUUCAAUAGAAAUGUGCAUAAACAUGAAUCAAGAAAGGGAACUAUCUGCACUGUAUUCUACACAGCCAUUAGUUGGUUUUUUUUAGAUUGAUUCAGUAUCUGUAUCUAUGUCCUUUAAUAUUUCCUUUUUCCCUUUUUGUCUUAUGUUUGUGUGUUAAGAGAUUCAAAAUUUACAAAAGUCAACUGUUAAACACUUGCAUGAAAACAUAUGAUUUUAUGUAUGAAAUCAUUUUGCUUGUAGAUUUUUAGACAUUGUUUCUAUGGUACGCCAAAUAUGUGUUUUAAUCUAUUUAAGCAUAAUGGGCAAUUAAUCGGUGAAAAUAGUGUCGAAUGACAUAUUCAAAGACAGACUUAUUGCAAUUUGAAAAAAAAAGAAAAGUAAUAUAAAUUGCACGAAUAAGCAUGAACUUAAAAGCGAAUACAAGGUGUGUAUAUAAACAUUAAUCUAGACAUCUCAGCGUUUUCAAUAUCAGUUGAUGUAUAAAAAUGAUAUAACUCAUAUUUAAUUGUCAUACAAAUAAACAGUGUUACCGUGACGUUUUAUUAGUCUUGUAAAUUGUGAACAUCUUUAGAGUGAACCAAAAAUUGUUGACAAGAUACUAUUUCCGACGAACGCCAUGUGAUUACGUACAAACAUAUUUGCUUUUCAUUCAAGAGUAUUAGUAAUUCCUUGACAAAUAUUAAAUAAAAACAAACAAAAAAACAGAAAAAUAUUUUUGUCAAUGACGUUUCGUUUAAUAUAUUAAUAAAAAAAUAUUUCCAUUCAAAAUAGACUAAGUAAAACUAUGAAUAUUUUAUUUUAAUAUACUUAAAUGAAACUUUUUUUAAAAGAAAGACUAAGUGAAAUGUGAAUAUUUUAUUUCAAUAUACUUAAAUGAAAUUAAGAAUAUUUAUUUUGAUAUAUAUAUUAUUAAAAUAUUGUCUACUAUAUAAACAGGGCAUGCCCAAUGAUUGGCUCAUUUUUGCUGGGGUUUACUUAUAGUGACGAAAUGGGAAAGGGAAAGCAUAUUCAGAUGCAUGUCCAUUGGUUACUUUUUUCUGGGGUUUCAUAUUGUGCCAAGAGGGAAUGUUUUUUAUGUUUGACUAUGAUACAAAAGAGAAAUAACAUUAAUCAACUCGGCAAUCUGAUUAAUACUCGGUGGCUACGCCCUCUCGUACAAAUCAGAUAGCCUCGUAUUUCGAUGCUCUUUCUAUUACAUAAAGCACAAGUCUUUUCAUAUGAAUUAUCAGCUUGGUUCAAUCUGAUAAUUUUAGAUUAUUCUUCAAAACCUGUUUGCUUUCCAUUUGAAAAAAAUGCAACUGCAAAAUCCUUCAUUUAAGUAGUGUUUUAAUCUAGAUGCACUUAGUUAAUCCGUAAAAUUAUCAGACAUUCUAACUAUUGUACAAAAGAGGUUCAAGCCACGAAAUCACCUUUAGAAGAUUCAGAACUAAUCUUACUGCAGCUCACAGUUUCUCUGGCGAAGAUCCCGAACAUUGAAUUUUGUAUAUUAUAGAAUAUUAUUUAUGUUGUCACAUUGCACAAUUAUUAGUCAUCUGGUACCUUUUCAUUACCAAAAAGGAAAACUUCAGUUGCCUAAUGAAUUAUCAACAUUGCAAAAAAGUGAAAGUAAUGAAAGAAUAGCUGCUUUUCAAUAAGUCCAUAUGUAUUUUUUUUCAUUUCACUCUCGUAAAAUGAAGACUUUAGGGAUAAGACAUAUAGGCUCCUGAUAAAUUCUGAGUUAAUGUUCAAUGAUUUCCUUAACAUUGCAAAAAAAAACACCAAAUCAGAAACGGAACAAUAUCUUUAAGAUUGUGCCAAAAUGGCCCAUUUUGACCUGUUUUUUCAAAAGCUUUUAAUUUGUAGACCCCAUAUAUUGUUUUUUAGAAAGUUUCUCUUCUGGCAAUUUCCUGAUUCAUUUGCUAUUAUUUCUUUUUGAGAAGUAUUACAGUUAUAGUAGGUUGAGAAUUUUGUUUGAAUGUAUGGAAGCUUAAAUAUCCUGUAACUCAAUUUUUUAUGGUUUUAUUUCAUAAAUAUAAUAAUCAAAUGAAGAUUUAUCAAUAUUGUAAGUUCCAAAAAGCAUUAUUUGUAAAGAUAUUACCGAAUUCACAUUUCAUGUUAAUAAAGAAAGGUACUUAGAAAUUUAUUUUUUAUAAAGUCUAAGUCAAAUUUUUCAAUAAGAAAUGAAUGUAUAUAUUUUAAUGAUUACAUAUAAUGUUGACAAAUAUUUGCAGUAAAUAUUUUACAUAUUCUUCGAUGUUUUAAAAUUGUUUUAGAAGCAUAAUUAUAUACAUAUAUGAAUUUUCAUUUAAGUGUGGUAGCAACCUUAAUUACAACAUACAGGAUCUUUAAAAGCCACUUUGUUUAUAUUUUGUAUACUUUUAUUACAAAUAUCACAGUCAGCGCUACUUUUCUCAGGUGAUAAGUUGAUAAGUAUUUGACAUGCUCUAAAACCAUUAUUUAUACGUUAUAAAGACAAGUUUAUUUUUUAUAAAUAAGGAAGAAAAUAUAUUCGUUUCUGAGGCAUAUUGCGCCUUUAACUUUUGAAGAAUUAUCAGGUAGUUUAGAUUGACUAUUUUCUUUUCGAUUUUAAAUUUGUGCGUCUCUACAUAUGCUGCUUUUUGUCUGUAAUCUCAUUUAUCUGUCAUUUUUGUUGUGAAGUGUAAAAUUUACAACUGUUUAGUUUUUUAAUGAGGGUAAACGUUUACUAUAUGAAUAUAUUUUGGUAGAUCAUGCUACUUUGUUUCAUAUAAAGUAGAUAUGUUAAUACUGAAAAGGUUAUUAGUCGGUAUAGAGUAUUAUCCGGGAACAAACCGAUUAUAGUCAACGGAAUAGUUCACUAAAAUGACAUUUGUUGUUUAUCUUUUUGGAGUAAAUUUAAACAGCCAAUGUAAUGGUACCAUGGUACAUAGAUUGUGCUUUCGACCGAUCCGUAUCGGGUACCUGAUCAUACAUGAAUUUUCGAAACUAUCAGGUAUCUUAUCAUACAAGAAUAUUGGAAACUAUCGGGUAUCUUAUCAUACAAGAAUAUUGGAAACUAUCAGGUAUCUUAUCAUACAAGAAUAUUGGAAACUAUCGGGUAUCUUAUCAUACAAGAAUAUUGGAAACUUUCGGAUAUCUUAUCAUACAAGAAUAUUCGAAAAUGUUAAAGUAAACUGAAAUAAAAAAGAAUAAGUAAAUGUAGAUAAGUUAAAAGAAAAAAAUGUUUAUACCAUCAAUGUAUUACAAUUUCAGUGUUUAUGUAACCGUUUAAUAUUCCCGAUGAACACCACGUGAUUAUGGAUAAACGUUACCCCUCAUUAAAGAAU